ACUUACACGAAGAAGAAAAAGCUUUCACACGAUCACGUAAACAAAUAUCACGUGCAUUUCUAUUUCCAAAAGAGUACUUUCAACUUUUCUAGGAUCUUUCCUGUUAGUUUUUCCAGUCCGUCAACAUGGCUUUUCAAGCGCUCAUAGUUUUUACUUUUGCAUGUCUGUGUAUCUGUUGUGACGGAUUUUUAAAAGGUAACAGAAAAUUCAUAGAAAUAGACACAUCUUCUAAUGAUGUGCAGGAGGGAAAAGGCAAACCUGUCUUUCAGGAGCAAUGGAUUACCCAAAAACUGGACCACUUCAACGGUGCAGACAGUCGAGUGUGGAAUCAAGUAAGUUCUGACAUUUCAUUAUAUUCUUAUUCGCACUGCAGUAUAUGGAGAGGUAAGUUACCUGUGAGUUUUUCUGUGUACUGUCUAGGCGUGAUCAAGUGUGUUAGUUCAUGCAUAACACAACAUAACGUUUAUUACAUUGCCAGAAAUUCGUCUUAACUGAGACGUACUACAGAGCUGGAGGACCGGUGUUUUUGAUGAUCGGCGGAGAGGGUCCAAUCAACUCCGGAUGGAUAGCCAUGAACCCUAGGUCGGCCUGGCUUACCUAUGCCAAGAAGCUCGGCGCCCUCUGUCUUAUGGUAGAGCACCGUUUCUACGGCGACAGUCGUCCCAUGGCGUAAGUAAAAAAAUAUAUGUAUAUAUAUAUAUAUAUAUAUAUUGGUUGGUGUUAUGCAAUGGUGGAAAAAUACCCAAUUGUCAUACUUGAGUAAAAGUUAAGUUAAGAUACCUUAAUAGAAAAUGACUCAAGUAAAAGUGAACGUCACCCAGUAAAAUACUACUUGAGGAAAAGUCUAAAAGUAUUUGGUUUUAAAUAUACUUAAGUAUCAAAAGUUAAUUUAAUUGCAAAAAUAUACUUAAGUAUCAAUGUAAAAGUACAAGUAUAAAUCAUUUCAAAUUGCUUAUAUUAAGCAAACCAGACGGCACAAUGUUUUUAUUUUAUUUAUUUUAUUUACGGAUUGCCAGGGGCACACUACAACAUAAUUUAGAAACUAAGCAUUUGUGUUUAGUGAGUCCUCCAGAUCAGAGGCAGUAGGGAUGACCAGGGAUGUUCUCUUGAUAAGUGCGUGAAUUUGACCAUUUUCCUGUCCUGCUAAGUAUUCAUUUUCUUUAGGAAUGUAGUGAAGUAAAAGUUGUCAAAAAUAUAAAUAGUAAAGUAAAGUACAAAUACCCCAAAAGACUACUUAAGUAGUACUUGAAAGUAUUUUUACUUAAGUACUUUACACCACUGGUUUUAUGUAUGUUUAGAUUUGUCUAGUAAUUUUCAAUGCGCUUGUAUCACAAUAUUACGGUGGCUGUUCUUCAUCAAAUAACCUCUAGGUGACAGAGUUCCAUUGAAAGGCGAGCCCCCUGUCCAGCAGUGUCAUGUGCUCUCUCAAUAUGAACCUCAUUUGACUGAUGGAUGUCUGUUAUUAUUUCUAUUUGGCUAAUUCAGAGAAUCUAGUGGGAUUGAUUGACGUGUCGUUCAUGCAGAGUAUAGAAAUAGUAAACCAGGUGUUGAGUGAGGCUCUCAAACUGGCUUCCUCCUGACUUGAUUAGCCCCUUGUCUGUCUUGUCCCUCACAGUGACCUGAGCACAGAGAAUCUGCGGUUCCUCAGCAGUCAACAAGCUCUGGCCGACCUGGCUCACUUCCGCACUGCCAUCGCUAAACAACGGGGCUUGACCAACAGCAAGUGGGUGGCAUUCGGCGGGUCAUACCCGGGCGCGCUGGCAGCCUGGUCCCGACUCAAGUACCCCCACCUGAUUCAUGCUGCCGUGGCAAGCAGCGCGCCUCUCCACGCCACAGUCAACUUCUCAGGUAAUAAUAACACACACAGUAAUCCUCCUUUCUCUCAGUGAUCUGUCAUUUUUCGCUCAAAUUUUACCUAUACUCAGGCUUGUCCAAGUCCCCAUCUCUCUUUCUCUCCAUGACCAGUGUGUCACUCUGCCUGGGGGAAUUUCAGGGUGUUACAGGAUACCUGGAGGAGGGUGUCCCUUAACCAUUUUAACAUUUGUCUGAAAUAAACUUAAGCAAAUCACUCAAUAAACAGCUGAGAGGCAUAACAAAAGGUUGAGCCUGGAUUCGACUCGCCGUUUACCUCCCAGCGAGUAUUCAGGAGAUCUCAAUGUUCUGAAUGUUUCACCUUGCUGAAUAUAGACCCCAGGCAGUUCCUUGUUAUGGAAUAAUGAACUGGAAAUAGUCAUGCACUGACUAUGAGUCUGUCAAUAUCAGUGGAGGCUGCUGAGGGAAGGACAGCUCAUAGUAAUGGCUGGAAUGGAGUCAAUGGAAUGAAUGGGAUCAACCACAUGGAAACCAUAUGUUUGAUUCCAUUCCAGCCAUUAUUAUGAGCCGUCCUCCCCUCAGCAGCCUCCACUGGUCACUAUGUAUAUUUGAGUUGAGGAUAAUGGCCAGUGUUAUAUACCCUGGAGGGCAGAUAGAGGAAUAGGUGAGGAUGGGGAAGAUUGAAGGGUCCUCUCUAGGUUGCUGUCUUUGGCUUUCUCUUCUUUUCUCUCUUCUCUUGUCUCUCACUGGUUUCUUGAGGAAGACUACAAGGGUGUCACCAAGGCAACGGUGCCUUGGAACAUGGAAACUAUAACAACACACACUGACCCCUUUUGAUGAGACUGGGAACAUUUAGAGAUCAACCAACACACACAAACACAGAAGCUCAGUUGGGAAUACUGCAUUGAUGUCAGAUACCGUCAUAUUUCUCCCAGUCCACGCAAGUUUCUAUUUCCCAACAAUUAGCAGGUCAUUGUAGUUUAGUGAGUGUUUUUACCCAUAAGUGCUUUCUCUUGCUUGUCUGAACAAGGCUCACAUUUUCCACUGUAAAGAUCAUCAUGUUUAGAAAGUCAUAAACAUUGAAAUAAUACGGUUAUUAUUGUGGUAACCACACAUGGAGCUGGCCUGUGUCCGUACUGAGACGGAGACACUUCAACAAUAUGUUUGAAAAUUCUUAUAACUCUUAACACUGUAUGAUAUUCUAAAUAAGGUUCAGGUUAUUUGAACAGUACUCCUACACACUGUUUAAGUAUGACAUUGGGAGGCACUUAGAGACUGGAGGCGGAAAGUGUUCUAUAAAUACAAUCAACUCAUGAUAUAUUAUGACAUGCCUUACUGGCUCUGUGUUAGAACAGUUACCAUGUCUUUAUAUUGUCUCAACAUGUUAUUUGCUCUGUUUAAAUAGUGUUGGUUCAUAGUGACUUGUAUUUGAACUGUGAGUUGUCUCUCUUGCUGCGUUUUGCCCAGAGUACCUGGAGGUGGUGUGGCGGGCCCUGGCAGCAGAGAACCCAGAGUGCCCCCUGCUGGUAAAGAAGGCUUUUGACACCUUGCAGGAACGCAUCAAAGACCCUAACAACUAUGACAACAUCACCAAAGACUUCAAGUACUACACCUUUUCUCCUCCCUCCCUCCCUCCCUCCCUCCCUCCGCCUCUCACAAUAUAGCCCACAAGCAGAUACACUCCCUCAUUCAGUCAUUCACAUCUACUGGUAUAGUAGAGAAUAGUUACAGUAAGAAGAAUAACUACAUAGUAGAGUAUGAUGAAUACCACAGAACAGGUGUGUGGUGUGGCUGAGGACAAACAGUGUGUUAUUAAAUUGGGGUCAAGUGCCAGGAAAUUAUCUAGUCACUCUAGCUCCUCUCCUAACUGUCCUGUCCUAAGAGUGUGUGUGUGUUGAGGGUGCUGGUCUGAGAUGGGUCUGGUUUCAGCUCACCUCUCUUGGCCUUCAAGGUCUGCACUGGCAGCUUGAGAUAUCGGAAUGUCGGGCACGCUCUGGAAUCCGUCGGAAUGCCAUGGCAUCCACUCCUGUCUCUAUGGUCGUGUCUACACUUGACACUUACAGUGCCUUGCAAAAGUAUUCAUCCCCCUUGGCAUUUUUCCUAUUUUGUUGCAUUAUAACCUGUAAUUUAUUAUAAUGGCCAUACAAAAUAGUCCAAAUUGGUGAAGUGAAAUGAAAAAAAGAACUUGUUAAUAAAAAUAAUACGAAAUAAAUAAUGGAAAAGUGGUGCGUGCAUAUGUAUUCACCCCCUUUGCUAUGAAGCCCCUAAAUAAGAUCUGGUGCAACCAAUUACCUUCAGAAGUCACAUAAUUAGUUAAAUAAAGUCCACCUGUGUGCAAUCUAAGUGUCACAUGAUCUGUCACAUGAUCUCAGUAUAUAUACACCUGUUCUGAAAGGCCCCAGAGUCUGCAACAUCACUAAGCAAGGGGCACCACCAAGCAAGCGGCACCAUGAAGACCAAGGAGCUCUCCAAACAGGUCAGGGACAAAGUUGCAGAGAAGUACAGAUCAGGGUUGGGUUAUAAAAAUAUAUCCAUUAUUAAAAAAUGGAAAGAAUAUGGCACCACAACAAACAUGCCAAGAGAGGGCUGCCCACCAAAACUCACGGACCAGGCAAGGAGGGCAUUAAUCAGAGAGGCAACAAAGACACCAAAGAUAACCCUGAAGGAGCUGCAAAGCUCCACAGCGGAGAUUGGAGUAUCUGUCCAUAGGACCACUUUAAGCCAUACACUCCACAGAGCUGGGCUUUAUGGAAGACUAGUCAGAAAAAGCCAUUGCUUAAAGAAAAAAAUAAGCAAACACAUUCGGUGUUCGCCAAAAGGCAUGUGGGAGACUCCCCAAACAUAUGGAAGAAUGUACUCUGGUCAGAUGAGACUAAAAUUGUUAGAAUAUCAUACAUGCUUCACUGUGGGGAACACCUUCCCCACAGUGAAGCAUGGUGGUGGCAGCAUCAUGCUGUGGGGAUGUUUUUCAUCGGCAGGGACUGGGAAACUAGUCAGAAUUGAAGGAAUGAUGGAUGGCGCUAAAUACAGGGAAAUUCUUGAGGGAAACCUGUUUCAGUCUUCCAGAGAUUUGAGACUGGGACGGAGGUUCACCUUCCAGCAGGACAAUGACCCUAAGCAUACUGCUAAAGCAACACUUGAGUGGUUUAAGGGGAAACAUUUAAAUGUCUUGGAAUGGCCUAGUCAAAGCCCAGACCUCAAUCCAAUUGAGAAUCUGUGGUAUAACUUAAAGAUUGCUGUACACCAGCAGAACCCAUCCAACUUGAAGGAGCUGGAGCAGUUUUGCCAUGAAGAGUGGGCAAAAGUAUUGACUUUGGGGGGGGGUGAAUAGUUACAAACGCUCAAGUUUUCUGUUUUUUUGUCUUAUUUCUUGUUUGUUUCACAAAAAAAUAUAUUUUGCAUCUUCAAAGUGGUAGGCAUGUUGUGUAAAUCAAAUGAUACAAACCCCCAAAAAAUCAAUUUUAAUUCCAGGUUGUAAGGCAACAAAAUAGGAAAAAUGCCAAGGGGGGUGAAUACUUUCGCAAGCCACUGUACAUGCGACUUCUGCUAUCAGAAUACAAAGAAGGGUCUAGAGGGACAAAAGUCGCUUUGUGGUCUGAUUGUGUUCGGAUCUGGCUGACCACUUCAGGAGGUGGUCAGGGAUAUAUUGUGUGCGGAUUUCUCCUCCGUCUGGACGCAAUCAGGCAACCAAAAGCGCAAACAGUGGGCGACGUCAUCAGCACUCCUCCCACAAGUAUCCAGAAAGCUUGUGUUUUGGGACCUAGAGGCACCUUUUCAUCAUAACGUUGGAGGAAAUGUGUUCCUAGUGUGUGAGGAAUGUGUUUGCUGUCCUCAAAUGCUAGACAGCUAUAAUGUUUGGCUAUAGUUAUGCUAACCAAUAUGCAAUUCCUUUAGCAUUGCUUGCUAGCUUGCUGGCUAGCUACAGAGGUUAGCUGGCUAGUUAGCUACAGUAGUUAGCUACUGCCACCAGCUGUUGUGUUAUUAUCAUAUUUUGCCUAUUCCAGCGUUUGUAGAAUGCAUACAGGCAUUUGAAUAUAGCGCUAGAAAAUGGAAUCUGGACACACUGUGGACAUGGUAGACACAUUUAAAUGUAGGUGUAAAUGCAUGACUCGUUCGGAAUUCCAUGAUCAGAACUCUAAUGAUCAGAAUACUAAAGCUGCAUGAACUGUCAAGUCUAGACACGGCCUUAGAGUCUCUCUGAAAGGCAUUGGUGCUCCAGGCGGACAAAGGAAUCACUCUCCACCUCUUAACCUUCCCUCUCCCUUUUAUCCUUCCCUUUCCCUCUUAUCCUUCCCCUCCCUCUUAACCUUUCCCUCUCCCUCUGAUCCUUCCCUCUCCCUCAUAUCCUUCCCUCUUAACCUUUCCCUCUCCCUCUUAUCCUUCCCUUAUCUUCCCUCUUAACCUUUCCCUUUCCCUCUCCCUCUUAUCCUUCCCUCUUAUCUUUCCCUCUCCCUCUUAACCUUUCCCUCUCCCUCUAUCCUUCCCUCUCCCUCUUAACCUUUCCCUCUCCCUCUUAACCUUUCCCUCUCCCUCUUAACCUUUCCCUCUUAUCCUUCUCUCCCUCUUAACCUUUCCCUCUCCCUCUUACCUUCCCUUCCCCUCUCCCUCUUAACCUUUCCCUCCCUCUCCCUUUACCUUUCCCUCUCCCUCCUACCCUUCCCUCUCCCUCUUAACCUUUCCCUCUCCCUCUUAACCUUUCCCUCUCCCUCUUAACCUUCCCUUCCCUCUCCCUCUUCCCUUUCCUCCUCUCCUCUACUUCCUCUUCCUCUCCCUCUUAACCUUUCCCUCUCCCUCUUAUCCUUCCCUCUCCCUCUUAACCUUUCCCUCUCCCUCUUAACCUUUCCCUCUCCCUCUUAACCUUUCCCUCUCCCUCUUAUUCUUCCCUCUCCCUCUUAACCUUUCCCUCUCCUCCUCUUAUUCUUCCUCUUCCCUCUUCCUUCUCUUACCCUUUUUCCCUCUCCUUCUCAACCUUUCCCUCUCCCUCUUAACCUUUCCCUUUCCCUCUCCCUCUUAACCUUUCCCUUCCCUCUUAACCUUUCCCUCUCCCUCUUAUUCUUCCCUCUCCCUCUUAAACUUUCCCUCUCCCUCCUAUCCUUUCCCUCUCCCUCUUAACCUUUCCCUCUCCCUCUUAACCUUUCCCUCUCCCUCUUAACCUUUCCCUCUCCCUCUUAUCCUUCCCUUCCCUCUCCCUCUUAACCUUUCCCUCUCCCUAGCCGGUAACCUCUUAACCUUUAUCUCUAUUGUAUCAUUUAUUGGUGUGUUUGUAGACUUGACAGUGAAAGGGUUUUAAUCAAGUGUUUAUGUGGCUAUGAGUUUGCGUGUGUGUAUGCCUUGGUCACAUUGGUCUUUGGCUUUAUGGGCAGUCUCUUAUUACUGCAUGUUCUCUGUGUGCUUGUUCCAGGUUGUCAUAGUGACUGUAUGGUCAUUUUAUAUGGUGAAUGGUGGGCUGAGACUGCUUUAUUAGUCUGGCUACUGCUACUGAUGUCAGACUGACACCCACAGACACACAGACCAUGUAUUUGUCUGGGCAGCCGCCUGACCACACUGUACAAGUGUGCGCACACACACCCAACACACACACACAAAUGUACACACAUAUAGUCUGCCCGGUUUUCUAACCACCAGAUACCUCUGCGAGACAGUGUCGGCAUCACAGUUCUGUCCUGAGGUCGCUCUGUCACGGGUCACUUCCAAAGUCAACAUGUGACCUCAACUAGAGGGUGGGACUGGGCCUGUUGUGGGGGGUGACUAAUGACAACACAAACAACAACAACCCUCUGUGAUGUGUACAACAGUACCUCACACUAGGGCUUUUGGAUGACGGUAAUUUGCCAGCCAAAUGACUGCGGUCACCGUAAUAACUGUUCGAUUAGCAAAAAAACACACAUUACCUCACAUUUUCUCCUCUGCUCCUGAGUCCUGAGUCCUGAAAUAGAAUGAAUAGAAUGGUCGUCCCCAUUCAAGUCAAUGAUGGCAUAAUGGGUGGACCGGAGGCCAUUGCAGGAAGUAAAGGCAGGAAGUGUACCCAUCAAUAUGUGCUGUGAUUUGUUGAUUAAACUUAACUGACAUUACAAAAAUGACAUUCCAUUGCAUGGGCCACAUCGGUUAACAUAAUUUGAAUGAACAUUCUACAUUACCAUAUAAAUUAUUACAUCACAAUACCAGGCAGCCAUUGCGAGUGUACCCAUGAGUUUACCAGUCAAACUUCCAGGGUUAGAGGUUCCAAGCCUAUUCUAUUCAUUCUAUUUCUGGGUGUGUUCGUAAAUUCAAUCUGGAGUGCCAGAGUGCGCUCAGAGUGCGCUCUGGGCGUUCGUAAAUUCAGAGCGUUUCGCUCUCUGAGUGUUCAGAGCGCACACUGGACGCUCUGGCUGAGGAGUAGGUUUGAUCCGAGCAUUCUGACCUCACAACGGUAGUCAAGCACCCAAGCUAACGUUGGCUAGCUUGCUAGCUACUUCCAGACACAAAUGAGAGAACACCUCACUCUGACCAUUUUACUCACCCUAGCAGAGCUGGUUAAACUGUUUUCAUGUUAUCCAGAUCGUUAGGGAUUGUAACUGUGCUGCUGGCAAGAAUUUAAUUACGUUUUUUGCCGAGGUUUACUGACACCAGCCAUAUUCAACGGGUGUUGAGCGUUCGUAAAUGUAUCAGUUAUUCUGCGCUCUGGCACACUCGGACAGGAGUUCUCUGAAAUCGGAGUAGAUAGCCAGAGUGAAUUUACAAACGCACCCUCUAUGUGUGCUGCUGCUGCAGGGAGGGGGGUGUUGCCUAGGCAACCAAAGACUUGUUUGCUGCAACACCUUCCUUGUUUCAGAAAGGAGCAACAAAGUUUAAUCGCAUUGUUAAGAGUCCAUGUUACAGCAGAAACGGACUCAACCACACGAAUGCCCGGCUGUCCCGUGUUCAGUCAGCUGUUCGUUUAUUUUUUAUUUUUUACGGUUAUUUUAUUUUCACGCCGGUCUUCAUCCAUAAACGUUGGUUAUACAGUAAUUGUGCCAGCCCUACCCCACGCUACCCCCUGGGCCGCCCCACCUCAACCCAAUCACUGUCACCAUGACAAACAACUUCAUUAUCCCCUGGUUACAGUUGGUGUGUAAUAUCCUGGUAAUAUCCUGCUGACAGGCUAUGUCGAAAAAAUACAGGCUAAGACAACAAAAUAAUUCCAUGCGGAGCGUUCGAAAAUAAACACAUUCAUUGAACCAGCGGCGUGGUUGAUUCUACAGGAUUAGGAUUGAAAAGUUAACCAGCGUUUGGGAAAUCAAGUAAUAAAAUUGUCUGUAGAUAAUUAGAAAAAUGUUUAAAUGAAUAGAAUGACAGUAAAACAGUUUAUGCUAUGUGUUUGCUGAGUAGUUAGCUGAAAUUCAAUACGAUUGUGUUCAUUUUACACUUUGAUGGCGAACUUCUUUACUGCUACCACUCACUCCGUCAUUUUCGCUCCGGCGCUGAGUCCAAUUAAUUUGUUUAUUUUCAAACGCUUCUACAUGGAAUUAUUACGUUGUCUUAACCUUUUAUCUUCAACCUAGCUGACAGGAUGGGUCAAGUGUUUCCUUCUGUCAGUCUGUUGCAACAUAGCACUCAUAUCAAUGGCGUGCAUUCGGUACCACCAAAUAUGGAAUCUGCUUACACUUCCAGGUAGUUUUAUGUUUUAUGUUUGUGUGCCUUCGGAAAGUAUUCAGACCCCUUGACUUUUUCCACAUUUUGUUACGUUACAGCUUUAUUCUAAAAUUGAUUAAAUAAAUAAAGAUCCUCAGCAUUCUACACACAAUACCCCAUAAUGACAAAGCAAAAACAGUUUAAAAAAAAAUUGUAGCAUGUGUAUUCAAACUUCAAAACAGAAAUAACUUAUUUACAUAAGUAUUCAGACCCUUUGCUAUGAGACUCGAAAUUGAACUCAGGUGCAUCCUGUUUCCAUUGAUCAUCCUUGAGAUGUUUCUACAACUUGAUUGGAGUCCACCUGUGGUAAAUUCAGUUGAUUGGACAUGAUUUGGAAAGGCACACACCUGUCUAUAUAAGGUCCCACAGUUGACAGUGCAUGUCAGAGCAAAAACCAAACCCUGAGGUCGAAGGAAUUUGUAGAGCUCCGAGACAGGAUUGUGUCAAGGCACAGAUCUGGGGAAGAGUACCCAAAAAUGUCUGCAGCAUUGAAGGUCCCCAAGAACACAGUGGCCUCCAUCAUUCUUAAGUGGAAGAAGUUUGGAACCACCAAGGCUCUUCCUAGAGCUGGCUGCCCGGCCAAACUGAGCAAUCGGGGGAGAAGGGCCUUGGUCAGGGAGGUGACCAAGAACCCGAUGGUCACUCUGACAGAGCUCCAGAGUUCCUCUGUGGAAAUGGGAGAAUCUUCCAGAAGGACAACCAUCUCUGCAGCACUCCACCAAUCAGGCCUUUAUGGUAGAGUGGCCAGACGGAAGCCACUUCUCAGUAAAAGGCACUUGACAUCGAACAUUUCUGGAGAGACCUGAAAAUAGCUGUGCUGCAACGCUCCCCAUCCAACCUGACAGAGCUUGAGAGGAUCUGCAGAGAAGAAUGGGAGAAACUCCCCAAAUACAGGUGUGCCAAGCUUGUAGCGUCAUACCCAAGAAGACUCAAUGCUGUAAUCGCUGCCAAAGGUGCUUCAACAAAGUACUGAGUAAAGGGUCUGAAUACUAAUGUUAAUGUGAUAUUUCAGUUUUUUAUUUGCUAAAAAACAAUGUAAUCAAUUUUAGAAUAAGGCUGUAACGUAACAAAAUGUGGAAAAAGUCAAGGGGUCUGAAUACUUUCCGAAGGCACUGUAUACAGAGGACUAGUUCCAUGAAUGUCUAUACUGUCAUCAGCAGUGGCCCUCGGUCACAGCUCUCUCUCUCACUCACUCACUCACUCACUCACUCACUCACUCACUCACUCACUCACUCACUCACUCACUCACUCUUUCACUCACUCUUUCACUCUCUGUCUCUCAGUUUAUGUUCAAAACUGCAGAUCCAGUCAGAGAAGGACCGGGCAUACAUCCUAGAUGCCCUGGCAGAGAACAUCAUGAACACAGUCCAAUACAACAAUGACAAUAUAGAAUUUGAGGUAAGAGAGGUUUGUGGACAGUAUAUCAUUUCAGAGUAUAAGGUGCCUGGUUGACCUAGGAGAGGAACCAUUUUGAGUCAGGAUUGGGGUAGUUUGGGGGUGAAAUGGGGUUGGGGAAGAAGGGGCAGGUAGCUCAAAGCUGAAGCCCAAGGGAGGAAAUAAAACCGCCAUUGUUCCAAUGCGAGAGGCCCAGGGUUGUGGCCAAGAGAAGAGGCUCUCCUGGUGGUUCUCUGGGCUUUCAUGCACCUCUAUCCGAAACCGGGACCGCUCUCAUAACCAAGUAAUGUCUGUCUUUCCCUCAGGAAGGGAGGCCAGGGAGGGGGGUCCGAGCUUAAAGAUGGGCUAUCUGACCAUUUUCCAAGAGGUCUGUUGUGGUCACCAUGGCGAUUCUCUCUGUGGCCUGUUGCCGGUGGAGAUGUGAGUCCAAUUACCAAUAAGCUGAUGUGGAAAAAGGCACAAAAGAGCCUUUGGAUUCAGACAGGCUCCAGUUUCCUGGCCUCAGAGCUGAGAGCUGCUUUAAAAGGAGUGUUGUAUGAACGCCACAGAACAACACACUAAUAGAGUGAUUGGUUGGAUCCAGCGCCCAGGGGGAUGGAUAGGGGCUGGGGGUUCAGGUACCACUGAGGAACUUGUAUAGGGAGUAAAGCAGAUAGAGGGGUGUAAUCUAACCAGAUAAUAUAAUACCCCUGCAUGUGUGGCUCAUAAAAUAGGAAGGAAUUUAUGUAAUCUUAUUUUAUGAAACAACGUUUAUAAGGUUCUUAUUUUCCUAUGUAUUAACUUAAUCCAAAUAUAGACAAGUCUUCUUGUGAUGGUCACAGGUGAGGUUAAUUCUGUGUAUAACCCAGUUGUAGUAAAUAUGCAACUAACUAAAGAACUCACGUGUACCUUAGCUGCUUAGCAUACUUAGAAAUGUAUAGCUCUGUAUGAUACCAGUGAAGUAGAUACACAGCGGUAGUCAAUGAGAAUCUACAGACUUCCACCCACAGUUGUAGUGAGUAACCAUUAUGUUUGUGUCAUUGCAGAGUGCGUUGGACACGAACUGCACCAUUAAGACUGUGUGUGGUGUGAUGUCCGAUGCCUCUCUGGGAGACCCCUACUACCGCUUCGCUGCUUUUGUUCGCCUCAGAACCAGGACCUACCUUCUUAAGCCCUGUUUUAAAGACCUCACCUACAACGCCAACCUUCAGGACCUCAGGAACACAUCCUAUAGCGGACCCCACGGUGGGGGAGGUGAGGGGGUAGAGGGGCAAAGGUCCACAUGGCGGGGGAGGUGAGGGGGGAGAGGGGCAAAGGACCCCACACCGGAGGAGGUGAGGGGCAAAGGACCCCAUGGCGGGGGAGGUGAAGGGGGAGAGGGGCAAAGGACCCCAAGGCGGGGGAGGUGAAGGGGGAGAGGGGCAAAGGACCCCAAGGCGGGGGAGGUGAAGGGGGAGAGGGGCAAAGGACCCCAAGGCGGGGGAGGUGAAGGGGGAGAGGGGCAAAGGACCCCAUGGCGGGGGAGGUGAGAGGGGCAAAGGAUCCCAUAGUGGGGGAGGUGAAGUUGGAGUGGUGGUUGGGGGAGAAGGGGUGUGGAGAGAUGAGGGGGAAGGGGUAGAGCCACUCUCUGGGGAUGUAUGUCAAUGUCCUCAAUAAAACCAACUCUGUACAAUGCCAAGGGACAGAAGAAGCCAAACCUGCUUCAUCAGCAGUUAACACCCUGAGGAACACUGAGGCCGUCACUCAAUACUGGUCCAGGGGACCCUUAUCCAUAAGGCUUUUAUUUGCAUUGCUAUUUGCACAAUUAUUUGCUUUGCUAAAUUUGAAUGGUGAUCACUAUACACACCAUUUGAAUCGACUACCUCUUGCUAUAUCUUUUGUCAUGAAAAAUAAGAGAUAUAAAUGAACAAAUGAAGAGUAUAAGUGAUGGCUUGUAACUAGAGCAUCUUCGACUCCUUUUGCCUCUGCAUCGUGCAAAGUGUGUUUUAUAGACUUUUAAAAGUGUUAUUCAGCAAUAAAGAAAGAUCCCUCCUUGUUAUACUGCUCAACGGUAUGGUUGUGUGUGUACAUGUGUGUGUUUGUUUGUGUGCGUGCAUUUGGAAAGGCAGUGCUAAGACAGGCAUUUUACACAUCUUCCUUUUAGUUUUACAGUGGAAAGUGUUGUCUCUCUAUAUCCUCUGAUCCAGAACUUUGGUUAGAGCCCUGUCAUAGGUUGUGUUCGGUUAGUAAUAAUGUUCAACCAAUUUCCAUGUUGUGCUCUGGCCUUUGGCUGUGGUUCCCAGGGCUAGUUUCCUUGACUGGGAGGGCUUAUUGGUUUAGUGGGGAUCACUGGGACAGGAAGGGGUCUUUUAAAGAGCCACCCGGAGCGUCUGUAAACCGUCCACUCCUCCCUUUCUCUCUCCCUCUCUUCCUGGUGACUUCACUCCCUUUCUCUUUCCUUUCUUUGUCUUUGCUCAAAGGCACAAGACAGUGCAUUUGAACAGUAAAUCGUUUUUCCCAUAACAUUAUUUUUGACUGAUUGUCGACCUAAACUGUGUCAUUCAAGUCUUGUGGUAUUACUAUGUAAUUUAAGCAAUGAAUAGGGGGAGAAGGGCCUUGGUCAGGGAGGUGACCAAGAACCCGAUGGUCACUCUGACAGAGCUCUAGGGUUCCUCUGUGGAGAUGGGAGAAACUUCCAGAAGGACAACCAUCUCUGCAGCACUCCUCCAAUCAGGCCUUUAUGGUAGAGUGGCCAGACGGAAGCCACUCCUCAAUAAAAGGCACAUGACAGCCCGACUUGGAGUUUGCCAAAAGGCACCUAAAGACUCUCAGACCAUGAGAAACAAGAUUCUCUGGUCUGAUGAAACCAAGAUUGAAGUCUUUGGCCUGAAUGCCAAGCGUCACGUCUGGUGGAAACCUGGCACCAUCCCUACGGUGAAGCAUGGUGGUGGCAGCAUCAUGCUGUCGGGAUGGUUUGCAGCGGCAGGGACUGGGAGACUAGUCAGGAUCGAGGCAAAGAUGAACGGAGCAAAGUACAGAGAGAUCCUUAAUGAAAACCUGCUCCAGAGCGCUCAGGACCUCAGACUGGGGCAAAGGUUCACCUUCCAACAGGACAAUGACCCUAAGCACACAACCAAGACAACACAGGAGUGGCUUCAGGACAAGUCUCUGAAUGUCCUUGAGUGGCCCAGCCAGAGCCCGGACUUGAACCUGAUCGAACUUCUCUGGAGAGACCUGAAAAUAGCUGUGCAGCAACGCUCCCCAUCCAACCUGAUAGAGCUUGAGAGGAUCUGCAGAGAAGAAUGGGAGAAACUCCCCAAAUACUUGUAGCAUCAUACCCAAGAAGACUUGAGGCUGUAAUCGCUGCCAAAGGUGCUUCAACAAAGUACUGAGUAAAGGGUCUGAAUACUUACGGAAAUUUGAUAUUUCCGGGGUUUUUUUUUUUCUAAAUUAGCAACAAUUUCUAAAAACCUGUAAUUGCUUUGUCAUUAUGUGGUAUUGUGUGUAGAUUGAUGAGGGAAAAUAACAAUUUAAUUGAUUUUAGAAUAAGGCUGUAACCUAACAAAAUGUGGAAAAAGUCAAGGCGCUGUAUGCAUGUGUGAAUGUGUCCAUGUAUGUAUCCAUCUGUGUAUCCAGGGAGACAGUGGACGUACCAGACCUGCACUGAGUUUGGCUACUUCCAGACCACUGAUUCUCCUAACCAGCCCUUCGGUGGCUUUGGCCUCCAGUGAGUACUUAUUUAAUGCUGACAAGUAUUCUCCUCCAGGUGUGUGUGUACUAGUGAAGGAAUGUCUCUCUGUGGUAUGACUGGAUCAAUGGGCCUCUCUCCUCUUUCAUCCCCCUCUCCCUCCUCUCUUUCCAUCCCUUCCCUCUCUGGCAGGUACCAUGUGGAACAGUGUCAGGACAAUUUCAACAUCAGCGCUAAGACACUCUACGCUGGAAUAGACCAGACCAAUGAGAACUACGGCAGCUACAACAUCCGUGCCACCAGAAUAGUCUUCCCCAACGGUUCCAUCGACCCCUGGCAUGCCCUGGGCAUCACCUCUAGCAUCUCAGAUGACCUCCCUGCCAUCUUCAUAAAGGGUGAGGGCUCAACGUUGGUCCUUCUAUCCUUCAACUGAUGUCUAUGGUGUCUUGUGACAGUCUAUGGUGUCUUGUAACAGAGAAUCUGUUAUCUAUCUAUCUAUCUCCCUCACUCAGUCACUCACUCACUCACUCUGAUCCAGGAACAGCCCACUGUGCCAACAUGUACCCUGCCAGAGCUGAGGACCUCCCCCAGCUGACCCUGGCUCGGGAACACAUUUUCCAGCUCCUACAGAAGUGGCUGAAGGAGAAGUGAUAGACAGCCACAGUGGCCAAUCAGGCUGAAGGAGAGGUGAUGGCCAGCAAGGAUGGCCAAUCAGGCUGAAGGAUAAGGAUUUAUGUUUGUUUGGAGAAAGAAAAUGACCACAGUUGUACAAUAGUGAUUGUGCUAUAAGAAUGGAAGGAAUGUUGAUUAUAUCAAUGUAAUGUUGUCCCCUUGUACAUGACAAAUACAACUUUUAAAAUAAAACAACUGUGAAAGAUUAAUCUUAUUUCAAAAUAAAAAGUGUAUUCCC